UGUGUUCUCAAUCUUUGAUCCUUAUUGUUAUUGAUUGAACUAGUCGGUUGUGUUUAGUUCGCAGAGUCGUGUAUGCAGUAACACAUUCGUCAACAUGAGUAAAAACGAAGCAGAAAAUGCAUGCUUCUGGUUGUCGAACCAAAGCACCAGCAAGAUGGAUGUGCUUACGCCACACAAAAUGGUCGUUGUAUUCCUGAUUCAGGAGUAUAUGCGAUUGAAGAAAACUCCCGACAGUGGCACCACCGAGGAACAACCUCCCGCGAUCGAGCUGAGCUUCGCUGACAGAAAACGUUUCUGCAUGUUGCUACUGAAACUUAUCCAGUACCCCGAUAUGCCGUACAAGGACUUGCAUGGGCUGCUGGUGUCCCCAACGUAUGGAUUACAUCCGGUCCAUCUGGAGGAGUUUACGAAGCUCAUGAAGCUACUGAAAUCGGUCGGGAUCGAUGUGCUGUUCGAUCUGUACAACGACAUCGAUAAGCUCAUCAUGGACAGCUCAGUUCUGAUAGGUAUCGUUGGUUUGCAUCUACGUAAAGUGUUCGUCACGAUGGACAAGAUGAAUUUCCAGGAAGUGAUGGAACUGUAUCAAGCUACCAUUGCCUACUAUGAUAAGGGAAUGGAUGCGAUGGAAGCGGAAAAGCAGGAUGCUAGUGAAGUUGAAGCAUCGCUACAACACAGCCAGUACAAACCAAUCGAACCGUCCGACCAUGGUACGUUCGCUGCGAAAUGGUCCGUCAAACAGUCGGAGUUGUUCGUCGCCCAGCAGACCGCACUUUUGAAGGAGAAUGAAGUGAAGGCGCUGCCACCGAAUGAGCUGCAGGAACGGUUGGACGAAAUCAUCCACGAUCGGCCACAAUAUUCGCAAGCGUACUUUCUACAAUACUUGAACAAUCUGCGUGUGCGUGACGUUAACAAUGCUAUCCAGGCGCUGCACCGGUCUUUUGACCGCGGUACUACGGCUUCGUCGGCUGCAGUUGCCAACGGCGGCAGUUCGGUACCGGCUGCUUCCGAAAGCUACACUAAAGAGUACCAGUACUGCAAUCUAAACCUUGCGAUUUUACACUCCCAUUUCGGGCACCAGCAACACGCCCUGAAAAGUUUGCAAGAGUGCAUCACGCUGGCCCAUGACAAUGGCGACUUGACGUGCCUUCAUCUGGCGCAAUCGUGGAUUGCCCGGUUAAACAACCACGACACACCCAUACCGGAGAAAAAUAGUAGCAUUAGCGCGAUACACGCAACGUCAUUGGGAGUGCUGGCGGGUCUGCAGAGUUCGUGCCAAGCAGGCGAUGCGUUGCCGUCGAAAUUGUUCGGCUUACUGAUGUUGAACGACCAUCUAAACUGCCAACGAUCGAUGAUGGACCUUGUGGCAAACGGAACCGCGGUUCGCGCGGCUCUGUGGACGGUGUACGGCAAGCACGAGAUGGCCUCUCUGUGUGCGCAAAUUCUGAUGAAUGCGGAUUUAAAAUCUUUGGAUAAAAUCUACAACGGAGAGGGCAUUUGCCAAGUAAUCUGCACAAUCGCGGUUCGACUAGCGUUUUUAGGCGAGUUUAAUUUGGCCAUCGUUAUGGUGAAACAUGCCAAGGAUCGUUUUCCUCGCUACCCGCACACGGUUGCUUGGAGCGUAACGGACCACUAUAUAACGUUAACCCGAGCUAUUUACCGAGGCCACUGGGCUGAGGCUAUCAAUGAGUGUCAGAGGCUACGCUCGUUCGACAAACCACUGGCACUGCUGCAGUUUGCGCACGUGAUGCUCGCAAAGCUCGACAUCACCACAGCAAAAACGGUCAUCCUGCGUCUGCUGAAGAAUAGCGACGAACUGGAACCGCUGAUCCACGUGCGGGCACUGAUACUCUAUGCCAACACGUUCAUGCCCGCCCAUCAUGCCGGGGCACUCAGUGAACUCGGCAAGGCCCAAGACCUCGCCCGGAAGUACUAUCUCGAGUACGAAGAUGCCAUGAUAGACCUGCACAUCGGCUACAUUUAUCUGGUACAUAUGCAUGUGCCUAGGCAGGCACUGGUUCCUUUAAAAUCCUGCCUGGAAACUAUCCUCGCAAACGGGCCCAUCUAUGACAAGUCGCGAGCCAUAUUCACCUUUGCCCGUGCCCUGGUGGAAGCGGAGGAGAAACAAAACCGACUGGAGAAGCUCGUCACGCUGAUGCCGAUGCUCGAGGAAGCGAUGGAAAACUUCGAAAAGCUUGAGUGCUACAGUAAGGCCAAGGAUAUGUAUAUCUACCUAGCGAAGACAUUCCACUCGCUCGGACAGCAUGAUGAAAAGAACCGCUUCGCAUACCGUUACCGGGUGCUGCAGGAACAGUUUCCCACCGAAUUGCAGUAUCUUAAUAUAUUCCACUAGAACAAAAGAUCCUCGUGGGCGGAGAAUAUCAUUACCUUCGGCGAAACGCGUACACUCGUCACCCCGUAUCGGUGUCCUAGCAGAGGUGAAAAGGCAUCCUCCCGGAAUCCGCUGCCUGCUGCCCAGCGCCACACACGCACCGUUUUGUCACUGUAAUUGCGGUAUAACAUUUUCAACGUAAGAAAAAUAAGAAAAGAAAUCCAUUAGUAGUGAAUGGGAAACGAUCUAAAUAUGCACCCUGCUGUGCAUAUUGUACAUGUUUUCUUAAUGGCAAGUGCAAGCUUAACGGUGCAUGAGGAUGCACCGGAGUGUGAGGAACCUUAGAACGACGUUAAUGGAUUCUGGUGAUAAUAUCGAUAAUUUUCAUACGUUUCCAAACAACUGUCAUUAUAUGCUACUCUAACUGUACCAUAGAUUGCAGUAUGAAUAAAAUUACAUUCAAUGUUUCAACUAAAUAUACAAGUUCUAUGUACACUUAAAAUCAGGUUUCCAUAAUGUGGGAUUCAAGCCAAGAAUACCUUGGUUGUUUAAACAGACAGUCACAAUAGUGAUCCAAUUUUGAAAAAAAGAAUAUGUUAUUCAAACGACUGAUAAU